AUGCAUGCCUCGACUCUUCUCUACGGCUUGGUCUUCCUCCAGGGAGCCAUGACGUCCCCGGUCGCUGAACCUGUUCAGGGGCCUGAAGUUGAGCCUCGAGCCAUGGAGCGUCGGGCCCCUACCUCUGGUGAUAUCCCCUUCCCCCGCUUCCCCUCCCGUAAGCCAAAGGGAGGCAAUUGUCCCACUAGCAGUGGUGGUUCGGUCUCGCAGUCCAACCUUUGCUCCGCCGGCAACCCGUACUGCUGCACCAGCGACGGCAAGGGCGGAAACGUCUGCUCCAACUCGUCCACCUGCGAGCAGACCGUCAUCUGCUGCAACAACAACAACGGUUAUCAGAUCUGCAUCGGCGACAUUGACUUCAACAUGCCCAUCACCAUCAACAUCUACGAGUAG